ACACCCGCCCUCGGCGCUUCCUGGUGAUUGGUGACAUCUGCACUUGAUGGGCGUAACGGGUCCGCGAAUCGGAAGCAGGCGCUGGCGAGUCCUCCAACCAAUCCGGAGCAGGGGUGGCUGAGGGGGCUGGCGCGUCUGUCGAGGGCAGGUCAGCCGCGCGCCCGGGAUGAAACGGCGGUUGGCGCUCGAGGCGCGUUUCUCGGCGCACCCGGACUCGCGGGCCUGGUAUGUGGCCUGGAGCCCGAGCGGGACGCUGCUCGCUUCGUGUGGAGGCGACCGGGCGGUGCGGAUUUGGGCCAGAGAAGGGUCUUCCUGGCUGUGCAAGUGCCUCCUGGAAGAUGGGCACCAGCGGACCGUGCGGAAGGUCUCCUGGUCGCCGUGCGGUACCUACCUUGCUUCGGUCAGCUUCGACGCCACCACCUGCAUCUGGAGGAAGAAGGAGGCCGUGUUUGAGCUUUUGACAACACUGGAAGGACACGAGAAUGAAGUGAAAUCUGUAGCCUGGGCUCCAUCUGGCAGUCUUCUUGCAACAUGCAGCAGGGAUAAAAGUGUAUGGGUUUGGGAAGUGGAUGAAGAUGAUGAUUAUGAGUGUGUGAGUGUACUGAAUGCUCAUACUCAGGAUGUCAAACAUGUCAUCUGGCACCCAAAGGGAGAGUUCCUGGCUUCUGGAAGCUAUGAUAACAGCAUUAAACUAUACAAGGAGGAAGAUGAUGACUGGGUCUGUGUUGACACUCUUGAAGGUCAUGAGUCUACAGUUUGGAGCAUUGCAUUUGAUAAAACUGGGGAGCAUUUGGUAUCUUGCAGUGAUGACAAAACUGUUAAAAUUUGGAAAGCAUACAGGCCUGGCAAUGAACAAGGUGUGAUAUGCAGUGGAUCAGAUCUGUCUUGGAAAUGUGUCUGCACUCUAUCUGGGUUUCACAGUCGUCCUAUCUAUGACAUCUCCUGGUGUCACAUGACUGAUGCGAUAGCAACUGCAUGUGGUGAUGAUGCAAUCAGGAUAUUUGAGAAGGACCCUGGUUCAGACCCACACCAACCCACCUUUUCAUUAAUGGCCCACAUUGCAAAAGCACACACUCAGGAUGUCAAUUGUGUGGCUUGGAACCCCAAGCAAGCUGGCUUGUUGGCUUCCUGCAGUGAUGAUGGGGACAUUGCUAUCUGGAUAUACGAGUUUGAAGAUUAAUGCAAGCAUGCAAUCACGUGAAAAUGUUACAUAUCCGUACCAAUGCCUUGUAUACGCACUGUCUAGUCUGGAAUUAAUCACCAUGACACAUUUACCCAUUUUCACAUUUGCACUAGUUAUGUUUCCACUCAAUGGUCAUGUUCUGUCUUUCUCUAAUCUGGCUGGAGCUUAACAAUUUAACAUUAACAAUUUGUUUACUCUUUCAUUUGGAAGACAAUUAAAAUCACUGUUGAGUGUAAAUGUAUUUAGGCUUGUACACAACUGGUAGACAACUAUUGCAUAUUGCGAAUAGAUUCUUCAGAUGUACAUCUGUGGUUUGAAACAAUUUCUGUACAGGAGUGGCAGAUUUGUCAAGCUUUUAUAAAUGGGGAAGAAUACUUAACAGACAACUAGAAUUUGUACAUUCCAACUGCACUGGUCAAAGCAGCAGCACUCGUACUGGGCUUCCUCAAAGCCUUCCCUCGUGUAAGUCUGUACUCCAGCCCCAUAACCUGUCAAGUUCAGACAUAUUUCAAAUCUGCAAUUUGUUGUUGUGCUUUCAUAGCUUGUUAUGGUUAUGGGCAGGUUCUUAAACUAUGUUGCGAGCUUGUGCACAUACACCUGCAGUGCAACUUGAUGGGAGUAUGAGGACUUUGAUCAGUGACAGUGAUAAUUAUUGCAGAGUUUCAAGUUGGUGAGAGUGCAAGGGGCAGGUAAUCGUGCUUCAGCUACCCUGUUUGGUUGAGAGAUAUGAGCUGAAAAUGUGUAACCUUGAGCAGCGUGUUCCAAUCCCACUCAUCAUUGAUCAUAUAGAUGUAGAGCACGGAUCCAGACUGUUCCAACCAGAUAUCCCACUUGUCAGCACCCGGUCCAUAUCCCUCCAAACCCUUCCUAUUCAUAUACCUUUUAAAUGUUGCAAUCGUACCAGCCUCCACCACUUCCUGUUGCAGCUCAUUCCAUACCCACACCACCCUCUGCAUGAAAAAGUUGCCCUUAAGGUCUCUUUUAUAUCUUUCCCCUCUCACCCAAAACCUAGGCCUUCCAGUUCUGGACUCCCUCACCUCCAGGGAAAAGACCUUGUCUAAGUGGUCUGUACAUGCCCUUCAUGAUUUUAUAAACCUCGAUUAAAGGUCACCCCCCCAGCCUCUGACACUCCAGGGAAAACAGCCCCAGCCUGUAGCUCAAAUUCUCCAGUUCUGGCACCAUCCUUGUAAAACUUUGCUAAACCCUUUCAAGUUUCACAACGUUUUUGCGAUAGGAAGGAGACCAGAAUUGCACGCAAUAUUCCAACAGUGGCCUAACCAAUGUCCUGUACAGCGGCAACAUGACCUCCCAAUUCCUGUACUCAAUACUUUGCCCAAUAAAGGAAAGUAUACCAAACGCCUUCUUCACUAUCCUAUCUACCUGUGACUCCACUUUCAGGGAGCUAUGAACCUGCACUCCAAGGUCUCUGUUCAGCAACACUCCCGAGGACCUUACCAUUAAGUGUAUAAGUCCUGCUCAGAUUUGCUUUCCCAAAAGUGCAGCACCUUGCAUUUAUCUGAAUUAAACUCCACCUGUUCAAAUCCAAAUCAUUUACAAAAAUCACAAUGUAGUGAACCCAGCACCAAUCCUUGUGGCACUCCACUACUCACAGGCCUCCAGUCUGAAAAAAACCCUCUAGCACCACCCACUGUGUCUUCUACCUUCAAGCCAGUUGUGUAGCCAAAUGGCUAGUUCUCAGUGUUCCAUGAGAUCUAACCUUGCUAACCAGUCUCCCAUGGGGAAUCUUGCUGAACACCUGAGGUCUAUAUAAAUUAUAUCCACCACUCUGCUCUUACCAAUUCUCUUUGUUACUCUUCAAAAAGCUCAAUCAAGUUUGUGAGACAUUACUUCCCAAACACACAGCCAUGUUGAUUAUCCCUUAUCAAUCCUUGCCUUUCCAAAUACAUGUAAAUCCUGUCCCUCAAGAUUCCCUUCCAACAACUUAUCCACCACUGAUGUCAGGCUCAUUAUCAUUUGAUUAAAAGAAGCCUAAUGUUCAUGACAAUGAUCAGCAACUCCGUUACGGUUUGCUAUUCAGUGUCAAAGGAAAACAGACAUGGGCUGGCAAUUUUGUCACCUCAAUGUUUUAUUAAAGUCCAGAUCUUGAAGCACAAACAUCCCAACUUGUAACUUUACAUCAUUGUGAAGUUAAUGAUGAAGGAGCUGCUGGCUGGUCUCAGGGCCCUGGCCUGGGACCGAGAUGAUUAGGUUUCAAUCUGCACACCCAUCUUGUGCUCUUUAUGACACAAAGGAGCAGAGUUAUUACCUACUGAAGAUCCUGAAUCUGAUAUUGCUUUCAGGUUCAGGGCUGUCACUUGCAUUUAAACUCAAGUGCAAUCCUCUUGCUCAUGCUUGGAUCAUGGAUUUGUAGAAAAAAAAAUUCAGGUUGCAAGUGCUGCUCAGAGAAGCCAAAUUGAGUAGUAUCAUGCAUGCUUACUCUGUGUCCAUGUGAAUCAAAACAGGUUGACAAUUACUGUUAUGUGCCUGUAACUUUAAGUAAGGUUUCUACAUUACAGAUGACCUGGGCCAAGAGAGGACAAAGACUGUUGAGUCAUUCCAUUGUGUCUGAUGUUUUGAAAUUGAAAUGGACACUUUUUGAAACCAAA